AGAGAUUUUACAAAGACACAGAGUCCCCAACCUCAAACAAGCCAACGUUUAAGGAAAGGCGGCUUAUUUUGAAAUCCACAACCGGAUGUUGUAUAAUUCAACAGGAUGAUGGGCGGGAGGUGAAUACCAGCAAAAGGGAAAAAAGGGGAUAACGGGAACGGCCCUGUUUGGGAAAAGACAUCAAACGGUUGGGAACGUGGACCUUGGCCUGGCCUAGACGCUUUAAAGUGGUUGGACAUUUUUCUACCUUUUUGUAAGAAUCCAGGUGAGGAAGUAGCAGGUGAUGAAGGUGUCUCUUGUCUUUUCUUUAGGACCCUAAAAAGUCCAACAGCAGAGUGUGAGACCAGAAGUUGCUUCCAUUUCUUGCUGUUGUUUUUUUGUUUUGGCACUUUCUUCCUCCGCUGGGACGCCCACAGAGAUGGCCAACAUGUGCCCGUAUGGCCUUUACACCCACGCCGUGGUGCGCGGCAUCCCGGAGACUUUUGGGAAGGUGGUGGGAGACAACGACGAGAACAAGGAGGUCUCAGUGGACCUGGCCAAGGCUCAGCGCCAGUUUGGCUGCCUGACGGGGGCCCUGAGGCAGAAAGUGGGACUGCAGCUAAUCGAGAUCCCCGCCGACCCGGAACUGCCAUUGAGCUGGAAGAUAGAGGACGUGGCGGUGAUCCAGGGGCACACGGCGCUCAUCACCAGGCCCUUCAGAGAGCAGAGACGCAGUGAGGCAGAGAUGGUGCGGAGGAUGUUGUCCGAGCUCGGCGUGAUCGUGGUGGACAUGGACGACACGCAGGGAAACUCUGAAGGGGCCACGCUGGAGGGCAGUGACGUGCUCUUCACAGGGAGGGAGUUCUUUGUGGGCAUCUCCUCCCACACCAACCACAGAGGAGCUGAGGUGCUGGCGGACACUUUCAAGGACUUCUCCGUGUCCAUCGUCCCGGUCUGCGGCGGAGCUCGGCUGAAGCAGGUGUGCUCCAUGGGAGGCGCCGACACCAUCAUCUUCAGCGACAGUAACGGGGCCAAGAGGACUCUCAGGAUGAUGGAGCAGCUGGCAGAUCAUCACUAUAACAUCAUCACUGUGCCGGAACAAUCUGCCGCCAACUGCAUUUACAUAAAGGGUCCGUCCAAGAAAGACUUCCUGCUCCACAGGUCGGCAGAUGAAUGUCCUGACAGCAUGUCUGCCCUCCAGAAGCUGCAAGACUACAACUUCUUGCCUACAGCAUGCAGUGAAGCCUCCAAACUAGGAGCAUCGCUGUCCUCACUUUGCCUCCUCGUCAAUAAGAAGCACACUUAUUUCUGAUUGUAUGUGAAAAAAAACAAAAGGUAUCACUGCAGGGUGCAAGCAGGGGCUGUUAAAUGAAAAGUAUAGUUGUUCACCAAGUACACUGAAUGACAUGUCUCUACUAAUUGCAAAAAAACAAGCUCACCUAGCAGUAGUUCCACUUUCACA